AUGGAGCAAGAAGUCCUUGAGGAUAUUGCAUCUAGACUGAGUGAAAGGUACAGAAAGGAGGCACCCCUCACAAUCCAAAGAGGUGAUGUGCACGAAUACCUUGGGGUCACGAUUGAUUUCAGCGAAAAAGGAAAGGUAAAGUUUUCCAUGGACGAUUACGUUGACAGAUUACUUGAAGAAGCACCAGAGGAUAUGAAAGGACUGGCUACAUCACCGGCAGCCAAUCAUCUGUUCCAAGUCAAGGAUGAGCCGGUAUUGUUGGACAGCAAGAGGGCUGAACUAUUCCACCACAUCACGGCAAAACGUUUAUACCUAUGCAAGAGAGUUAGAGGGGACUUAAUGACUGCAGUUGCAUUCUUGACAACCAGAGUCUCUAAACCAGACGAAGACGACUACGCAAAAUUGGGCAGAUCCAUCAAAAAAAUAUUUGAGAGCUACCAAGUACAUGCCCCUGACAAUUGA